CCUCUUAUAUCGUUACUUGAUUUUGGCCGUUGAUAGCAACGUUUAUACGAAUUAAAGUAAUAUUUGAAUAUAAUACUUUGUAAAAAGAAAGAAAUAUGAAAUACUUCUUGAUAUUACUUGUAUUAGUUUCAACAUUAAAUAAAUGUUUAGCUAUCUGGUGCUACCAAUGCACCGGGGCGACUCCUGGUUGUUCGGAGCCCUUCAAUUGGCGUGGCAUUGGAUACCUUGGGCAGCCAUGCCUGGAUAAUGAUGAUAUCUGCGUCAAACUUAUCGAGAGAAAAGGAGCCCAAGAAGUUAUAACUAGAGACUGCCUGAGCAACUUCAGGGCGUUCAGGACGGACAUCCCAGCGGACACCUACGAGGGGUGCCGGCCGGCCGCUAAGGAUGUCAACUUGGCCAACUAUGUCAACAAUACUGUCAAAGAACUUGAUGUCAAACGAGACUGGUACGACGAGACGACAUGGUGUUUCUGCUUCCUGGACCACAGGUGUAACGGUGCCUCAGUCAAAUCACUCUCAAUGGCAUUGCCAAUCGUAUUCAGUGCCGCGCUAUUGUUAACCAGACCACAAUGAUGACGACAUUCAUUCAUUUUAUGAUACCUAUAGACUGUCCAGCGACAUAUUUACGAUUUUAUAAUUUGUUUAAAAAAACUGUAACAUAUGAGGUUAGAUGUGGUAAGAGAAACCAUGAGGCAAACUUAGAGAUCUUAAAGAUGUUAAAAAUUUAAUUUAAUGAUGAUAAAGAAACUAAUGCAUAAAUAAAAUUA